AUGAAUAUCGUCAUAGGAUACGUUUUCAUACUGUUAGCAACAGCAUUAUCAUCAUCAUCAUCAUAUGUAUUGAGUGAAAAAAAAGAUAAAUGUAGAAUUGUUCAGAAGACAACUCUUACGUGCGUGGAAUCGACACCGGAAGAUUUUCCAAGCGUUAAAAAUGAUAAAAUCGAAUGGUUGUUAAUAUCGAAAUCGAAUAUACCAUCGAUAACGAAGAAUUUAUUGAAACAUUAUCCGAGUUUGACGGAUCUUCACGCGGAAAAAAACGAAAUUGAAAAAAUCGAUGAAAAUGCAUUUUCCGCCACGAAAAAUCUCGAUUGGGUCGACGUGUCGUUUAAUAAAAUAACCACCGUGAGUCCGAAAAUUUUUUCUAAUUGUCCAAACAUACAGUAUUUCAACAUAUCCGGUAAUCCAAACUUGGUAAUACCGGAAAACGAGCCUUUUAUCGAAUCGCCAUCCCUUCAAUGGCUCCUCCUUCAACAAUCCAACAUAAAAAUGGUUUACGAAGAAACAUUUAAAGGAGUACCCGGUUUGAAAGUUUUAUCACUGUCUGACAACCAACUCAAAACUCUACCGGAAAACGUUUUUAAUAAUUUAAAUAAUUUAUAUUCUUUGGAUUUGUCGAAAAAUCAAUUCACGACGUUACCCGUGAGCCUUUUCGAACCUUUGCAAUACAUAUCAUUGUACGGAUUGGGAAUUUUUAUUUCAUUUCGUUUCUUAAGUUAA